AUGUCUAUUGGAAGAUCAUGCUUUGUUUCAUUUCAAAGACAUUUUGAACAUUAUUCUAUCCAUGUCUCAAGUCGUCACUGUGCACCUAAUACAAGUGGGUUAAGGUAUCGCAUCUUGUGUAGGUUAUUUGAAAAUUAUUGGAUAUACUUGACAUCUAAAGAUAUUUUAAGAUAUGAGAAAGCAUAUGUGAACUCAUGUUUCCAGAAUCACACUCUUUUCCACAAGGCUCUUAAAGAGGCUUUUGAGGUCUUUUGCAACAAAGGUGUUGCUGGAAACUCUGGUGCAGAACUUCUUGCCACUUAUUAUGAUAACAUUCUCAAGAAAGGAGGAAGUGAAAAAUUGAGUGAUGAAGCAAUUGAAGAAACUCUUGAAAAGGUGGUAAAGCUGCUCGCCUAUAUUAGUGACAAAGACUUGUUUGCUGAGUUCUACAGGAAAAAGCUUGCUCGAAGGCUUCUUUUUUACAAGAGUGCCGAUGAUGAUCAUGAGAGAAGUAUUUUGACCAAAUUGAAGCAACAGUGUGGAGGACAGUUUACCUCGAAGAUGGAAGGAAUGGUUACAGAUUUGACGCUGGCAAAAGAGAAUCAAACUAGCUUUGAGGAGUAUUUAAACAAUAAUCCUAAUGCAGACCCUGGAUGGCCUAGUUAUAAAUCUUUUGAUCUCAAUCUUCCUGCAAAAGUGGUUAAGUGUGUAGAAGUUUUCAAAGGAUUUUAUCAAACAAAAAAAAACUAA